AUGGAGAUCGAACACUUCGAUACAGAUUUAUUUAUCGACGAAAUCCAAAAGCGUCCAGCUAUAUGGGACAUGCAAAGUCCAGAUUAUAAGAAUAAAAUAUUAAAAAAACGUAAUUGGGAGGAAAUAGUUAAAAUUUUUAGUGACUGUGAAGACAAUUUGGAAAAGAAAAAACUGUUGGGUGGUACACUUAUGAAAAAGUGGAAAAGCAUUCAGAACAAUUAUCUUAGGGAGUCUAAGAGGCAAAAAAAGCUUCCAUCUGGAUCUGGAUCUUCCAAACAUACGCCAUAUGUGUAUUACAGGAAAUUACAAUUUCUUGCGAAUUCUACAGCAUAUAACGACACAGAGAGCAAUUACCAAUCUUCUGGCACAACUGGUUCAGAUGUAGAUAAUAUUAUAGACAAUGCAGACUUGAUGCCACCUCCUAAAGAUCAAAUGGAAGGCCCAAGGAAAAGACAGAAAAUAAAUGCUGUAGAUAAACAAAUAGUCGACAUUUUACAGAAAAGUUUAAAUGCAAGGGAACAAAAUGAAAUGGGGCGACUAACUAAAGAAGACGAUGAUAAACUAUUCUGUUUAUCAUUGUACAGUGAAUUAAAAAAAGUGCCCGAAAAUCGACGCUUAACUACAAAGAUUGAAUUACUCAAUGUCAUUAAAGAAGCACAGAAUUAUCAUAUAUCAAUCAUUACCACUAGAAACUAA